GCAUUCGCUCAUAUGUCAGCGACUGUGUACGAGAAACGUCAUUCAUCAAAAGACGGUCGGGAGUCGUGGAAUUGUUCUCUGGUAGUCGAGUGCGUUUUUCCCCAGUUACUUGCAUUAGAAAAGCAGUGAUUUCCUGCAAAAUUCACUUCCGGUUGAAAGAUCUAAAAGGGAUUCCGAAUGCUCGACUGAAGUACUGAAGGCAUGCUAUUUUACAAGCACUUUUUCGGGGCUCAAAUUACGAAGGUAAUAAACGAUUAAUUACGUGCGAUACGUGUAGAUAUCCUCAAGAUUUGUGCCAAGUAAGUUCCCUCGAUGCGGCUGGCCGUCGCAAUUCUUUUGAAUCGCGUUCUUGGCAGAAUCGGUGACUACGAGCACGUCUAGAAUUUGCACUCAGAACCACUACGGCAGCAGCUUCUACGAGUUUUCGCUUACAUCAUAAAGAUUUUCCGAUAAAUUCGCGUACAGAGUGUUUUGAAAAGCAAAUUACUUGACGGUGUGGAGGUGGUGAAUGUGCUGAUUGGCGAGUAAAAGUGAUGCGCCGGAAAGUUAGUUGUUCGUUUCAUGAUUCAAUGAAAGUUGGUUCCGAACAAAGUGUUGGUCGAAAAGUGAUAACUUGAUUGCGCCACGCCGAGUUUAGAAAUUCCUGACGAAAUAGUAUAAACAAAACAGCCCUCGAGCAGGAAGUGAUCAUAAGUGGGUCGAAUAGUGCACUUCUGCGGAUAACGCGAACAACUGGAGUAAUUUCUUCUCAUCAACAGACGAAAGGCUGAGUGCGGAAACAUGGGGACGGAUAGAUGAUUGAUGGACACAAGAAGCUGAUAGUUCUAUUGAUGACUGCGAUCGGGGGAAGAGUACGAAAAAUACAAGAUUCGAGAAAAUGGGGAAAUAUACAGGGAAAAAAUGCCGACUGCUAUCGAUGAUGUGGUUAACCAUUUUCUUCUUCUUUGUGGAGAUAGUUGUUGGAUAUGUUACAAAUUCAAUGGCAUUAGUAGCUGAUAGUUUUCACAUGUUAGGGGAUAUAGCUGCAUUAAUUAUAUCAUUUUUAUCUAUUAAGAUGUCACCAAAGAAAUGGUCAAAGAAUACAUUUGGCUGGGCGAGAGCCGAAGUGCUUGGGGCACUUGUUAAUGCUGUGUUUCUAGUAGCUUUAUGCUUUAGUAUUACGAUAGAAGCUUGUAAAAGGUUUAUUGAAGAAGAAAGCAUACACGAACCAAAACUGCUGCUCAUCGUCGGUUCGAUCGGUCUUCUAGUCAAUGUUAUUGGGUUAUUGCUACUUUAUGAGCACGGCGGUCAUUACGGUCAUUCACACGGAAUGAGAAAGCUAUCACAGUUACCAAAUACAGACGAUAACGAAAAUAAUUCGUUUAUGUUCCGAAAUGAUGAACCCCCAUUGAAAAAGGCACAUGGACACAGUCAUGACUCCUCGCAAAUGAAUAUGCGAGGAGCGUUCCUACAUGUUUUAAGUGAUGCCCUGGGAAGUGUGAUUGUCAUAAUAAGUGCAUUGAUUGUCUGGAAAACUGAAUGGAAAUAUCGUUUUUAUAUGGAUCCUGCUUUGUCGAUAGUCCUUGUGGCUUUAAUAUUACAUUCAGUCUGGCCUCUGUUGAGAGAAUCGGCACUUAUCCUACUUCAAACAGUUCCAACACAUAUACAGGUUGACGCUAUUCAACGGAGAUUACUGGAGAAAGUUGAUGGCGUUUUAGCUGUUCAUGAAUUUCAUGUUUGGCAACUGGCUGGUGAUAGGAUAAUUGCGUCUGCACACAUUAGAUGUAGAAAUUUAUCAGAAUAUAUGAAAAUCGCGGAAAAAGUGAAGGAAUUCUUCCAUAAUGAAGGUAUUCAUUCCACAACAAUUCAGCCAGAAUUUGUUGAGUUGGAAGGAAUGAACAUGUCUGACGGUAUAUCAAGUUUGAAUGCUAGCGGCUCACAAGAUUGUUGUGCACUGGAUUGCCCAACCACCGACGAGGGAUGCGUGAAAGCCACAUGUUGUCAGAAUAAUAAUAAGACUCAAAUGCAAUCACCCUCAUCAUCUCCAUAUUUAUGUCGCCAAAGAAAUCCAAACGGCCGGAAUGGUGAUGAUCUUGAAUCAGGUUCCCUGUUAGAAACUACAGUAACAUCUGUAGAUCCUAAAACACAGACUGAUGACAAAGUCAAAGUUUCUGUUUGACAAACAAAUUGUAAAAAUAGUGUAAACAAUUUAAAUAGGCAACAGUCGCAUCAACAAAAUCAACAACAACCCCAAGAUGGAAGCUGUGAAAAUCGCCGAGCCCUGGGCGUAUUACAUAACGUUAUGAAAGUAAAUUCGAAACUUGACAAUUUAGUAUCAAAUGAAAUGUUCAGUAAGUCGAGUAUAAAGCAUGUAAAGAAUAAUUCGAAGGACUUAUCCUUCAAUAGUUUUUAUUGUCAAUGCAAACAUCAUACUACAAAAUAAGACGGAAGGGCAAAUCACAAUUUUUAUACAUUUUUUUGAGAGUCUAUGUGGACUUAACGUUUUUACGUAAAGAUAAACAAUAACCGUUAAAAUCAGCAAAAGGCAUGAAAAAUCGUUCAGUUAGAUUUAGAGUCGUUUACAUCGUUCAGCACAUGAAAUAUCCCAGCAACUAAAAUUUUUUCUACCGUUACAUAAUGCACACUAACACUAAUCGCGGAAAUCAUAUAGCUAAGGAAAUUUUAAGAAAAUAUGGCGUAGAGUAAAUGUGUCUUAUUGAAGUUGUCACAUACAAGAAAGUUUCGACAUGCAUGCAUGAAGGAAUCACUCAUUUAUCACUAGUAGAAUUGCUUAUGGUUACGAAGCCUCCGUUGAAUCACUAUGUCCAACAAAUAAGGUCAUUUGAUAAAUCCAAAUCGAUGUUUGUGGGAUUUCAUAAAAAAUGUCACAUAUGCCUUCCAUUCGUAAUCAUCUUAUUUACCUAGUCAUGUGAAGAGUGAUCGAGUUCUGAAGGUAGGAAAGAGUUUUAUUAACCAUUAAGCGAGGCAAUUUUCUGACUACAACAAGUCGACUUUUGUAACGAGCGCAGAACUGAACAAAACUGUGCCGUAAAUUUUAGAAACAAAAACAGACUUACUGGGUGAGGUUAUAAAAUAUGUAUAUAUAUCAACGCUCACUCUUUUCAUUAAUCUUCAUGUAAAAUAGCAUUUAUACAUAUAUAUCCUGAACUUCUAUGACGAACAGCAGUUUGAUGUUUGCAUUUUAGCCCGGUUAGCUCUUCUGAAGAACUAAGAAAAUAUUAGCUAGAAAUGCAAUCCGUUUUACGACGCUGUGGCGAACAGUACUAAUACACAAUCAUUACUAAAUUUUGGAAAUACAUAAGCAAAAUUAAAAGUUUCAGUCAAACUGAAUAAUCAUGGCACCUUAUCCAACGAGUUCCCGAAGAAAACGUACUUAGAAAAAUCAGUUGCAUUCAAAUAAACUGAAAGUGUUUCGCUGAGCAUCCAGUAUUUAUUGCGGAAAGAAAAACUGCCUAAAAUUUUUAAAGGAAAUGAUUUUGCAUUCGUAGAAUUUUAUAGAUAUAUUGGAAAAUAAUCGAUAACCAAUAGUAUUCGACAUUUUAUUGGACACCGACUUGUCUUCAUAAAUAUGCUGAGUUAACUUGAAAAUGGGCAAACAUGCGUGUGACAUGUUUUAUAAAUCGACUAUUAUGUAAUAUACAUGCGUUGCAAGCGUAUACUUCCUAAAAGUAUUGAUCCAAAUGUAACGUUAAUUUUAUAAUUGUAGAACAUAUUGAAAUGCUUUAUGGAUGUGUGAUCUUGUUAAUAUAUGUAAAUGAUUGGAGGUAUAUAUGUAUAUGAAUAAAUAUCAGCACAUCUUGUAUACUAGUUAAUUUGAGAGUAAAAUAAUAGAAGUUAGACAUGCGACUAUUAAGUUUUAUUGUUUUUAUUCUUAUUAGAGACUAUUGUAUUUAAGUACAUACAAAGCAAGAAAGUAUAUGAAAAACGUUUUUAGUAAGAUUUAUUGCGAACCGCAUUUUAUACAGAUAAAUUAUGUAUUGUAUUUUAUUAAAUACGUAUUCAGUAAAUAAGCUAAAUUAUGGA